UCAUGCAUGCAUGUAUUAUAAGAAAGCUUAGCUAGCUAGCACUGUUGCCAUGCAAUGCAAUUCAUUGAUCACAAGAUGAAGAAGGAGGUUGCGGUGAUCAUCGGAGCAGGGCCGGCCGGUAUUGCCACCGCGGCGUGCCUGAAUAAUCUCUCCAUUCCUAACAUCAUCUUGGAGAAAGAUGAUUGCAUUGCAUCUCUUUGGAAAAAGAGAUCAUAUGACCGUUUGAAACUUCAUCUUGCUAAACAAUUUUGUUCAUUACCACUCAUGCCUCUCCCACACUCUGCACCAACCUUCAUUUCGAAAGCCGAAUUCAUCGGUUACUUGGAUAACUAUGUUGAGCAUUUCAAGCUUCAUGUUGUUUACUGCACUGAGGUUGUUUCUGCUGCAUUGGAUGAGAAUGGUAAUUCUUGGAUUAUUACUGUCAGCAAUAGGAUUUCAGGUAAGAAAGACGAGUAUUCGGCGAGGUUUUUGAUUGUUGCUACCGGGGAAAAUUCGGAGAAGUUCAUCCCUGAAAUUCAUGGCCUUAAGAGCUUCUCCGGCGAGGUAAUUCACUCGUCGGAGUAUAGGUCUGGCGAGGUUUUCAGUACUAAGAAUGUGCUUGUUGUUGGAAGUGGAAACUCUGGAAUGGAAAUUGCUUAUGAUUUGUCAAAAUUUGGAGCUCGAACAUCAAUUGCAGUUCGUAGCCCGUUUCAUGUGAUGAGUAAAGAGACGAUACAUUUUGGGAUGGUACUAAUGAAAUACUUCCCAGUGAAAAUUGUUGAUGUUCUUCUUGUCAUGUUAGCAAAGUUUAAGUAUGGAAAUUUGUCAAAGUACGGAAUUGUUCGGCCAAAAAACGGGCCGUUAAAGAUGAAGGCAGCAACCGGUCGAUCUGCAGUUAUCGAUGUUGGUACUGUCGACAAGAUAAAGUCAGGGGAGAUUACAGUAGUCAAAGCGAUAUCUAGAAUUAGAGGUGAUGAAGUUAUCUCAAUUGAUGGUAGCUCGAAUCGCUUCGAUGUUAUCAUCUUUGCAACAGGGUAUAGAAGCACAGCAAAUACUUGGCUCAAGGAUGGAGAGUUCAUGCUUAAUGAAACAGGGAUGCCAAAACAGAGCUUUCCAGAGCACUGGAAAGGAAGGAAUGGACUCUAUUGUGCAGGAUUGUCAAGAAGAGGACUUCCUGGUGUUUCCAUGGAUGCUCAAAACAUAGCCAAUCAUAUUAAUAUGGUUUGUUUACUUGUUUUAGACUUUGAUUUCAUGACCUGAAUUAAUUAAAGAACAUAGAAAUUAAAAGCUUAUGAAGUAAUAAAAUUAUAAGUACAAUAGAUGGAGAAGAAGAAGAAGACUAUGGAAUGAUGACAUGAUGUGGCAUUUUAAUCACCAUUUC